GAAGCAUCAGGCAGUCAAACACAACCGAAAACAGGUUGAACAAGUUGUGAGUGGUUUUCUUUUUAAACCCACCGCAUUUGGCUCGGAUUAUGUCUCACACUGCACUGAGAUCAGCUGCGGAAUGUUGUCGUUUUAACAGAUUUAUGAAUAUCACGACAUUUUUGCGACCGCUUCUGAUUUCGGAGAGAAACUUGUCGGGUUCCGGUGAAGUGAAGGAUUCUGGGGAAAAGGCUUUCGACGUUUCUUUACUCGAGAUCCUUGUGUGUCCUCUGUCUAAAAAACCACUCAGAUACAACGAAACAACAAACGAACUAAUCAACGAAGAGCUUGGCAUUGCGUAUCCCAUUCUAGAUGGCAUCCCGAAUAUGAUUCCUCAGGAUGCACGCCUGAUCAAGAACACCGAAGGGGCUGAAAAACCGACUUCGUCUUAA